AUGGCGGAACUAGCACCUUUCGAGCAUACACCCAUGGACGACAUCGCGCCCACGUGCGCCAAAGUACGCGCCAGCUUCCUCUCGCACAAGACCAAACCGCUCGAAUACCGCAUCCAGCAGCUGCGCAAGCUGUACUGGGGCUUCAAGGACAAUGAAGAGCUCAUCAAGGAGGCUUGCAAGCGUGACCUGGGCAAGCCGUCGUUCGAGACAUACCUGACGGAGAUCUCAUGGUGCAUGAACGAUUGCAUAUGGAUGGCCAACAAUGUUCCACGCUUUGCGAAGGAUGAGAAGGCGACGGAUAUCCCAUGGACAAACAUGCCACUUCGCCCCCGCAUCAAGAAGGACCCACUGGGUACUGCACUGAUCAUUGGCGCCUACAACUUCCCCAUCCAACUCACACUCGGUCCUCUCAUCGGUGCCAUCGCAGCAGGAUGUACCGCCGUCGUCAAGCCCUCCGAGUCUGCCCCCAACGCCGCCGUCGCGAUCGAGAAGAUCAUGCGCGAGUCCCUCGACCCCGAGUGCUACGCGUGCAUCCAGGGUGCCAUUCCCGAGACAACCGCCCUGCUCGAUCAGAAGUGGGACAAGAUCUUCUACACUGGUGGAGAGGUAGUUGCCAAGAUCAUCGCGAAGAAGGCAGCCGAGACCCUUACGCCCCUGACACUAGAGCUGGGAGGCAGAAAUCCUGCCAUUGUCACAAAGCAUGCAGACCCAAAGCUCGCUGCUCGGAGAUUACUAUGGGCAAAGACUCUGAACGCCGGUCAGGUCUGUCUCAGCCAAAAUUGCACCUUUGUUGACCGCGAGAUUAUGCCAGCCUUCAUCGAGGAGAUGAGGAAGCAGCUCAAAGAGUUCUACCCAGACGGUGCUCGAAACUCACCCGACUAUGGUCGCAUAGUCAACGAGCGCCAGUUCCAGCGCAUGAAGAAGAUGCUCGACGCCAGCAACGGCAAGAUUGUCAUUGGCGGCACAAUGGAUGAAUCCGACCUCUUCAUUGAACCCACCGUUGUUCAGGUCAACGAUAUGAACGACAGCAUGAUCACGUCUGAAUCCUUUGGCCCCCUCCUACCCAUCCUCCCCGUUGCCAACCUCGACGAGGCCAUCAGAAUCGCAAACGAGGUUCAUGACACGCCACUUGGUACCUACGCUUUUGGAAACAAGGCCGAGCUGGAACAAAUCAUGACACAAACGCGCAGUGGAGGUGCUUCCCUCAAUGACGGCUACUUCCACGGCUCCAUACCCACCAUGCCCUUUGGUGGCGUCGGAACAAGUGGCCAAGGUGCAUACAGGGGCAAGGCGAGUUUCGACACCUUUACACAUCGCAGGAGCGUAACUACCACACCAGCGUGGAUUGAGGGUCUCAUGGACGUCAGGUACCCGCCCUACACACUCGCAAAGCAGAAGAAGUUUAUCGGUAUGAACGAUAUGAAACCCAACUUUGAUCGUCAGGGCAGACCACUUGGAUGGGGUGCGUGGUUCAUGGGACUAGUAGGCUUAAAGAGCUUGGCUGCUGUUGUUGCGGCGGUCGCGAUUAGGCUUUAUUUGCAGCGGAGGGCGAAAUUGUAG